AUGUCUGGAAUGAUAGCAGCCCAGACUAUUGGUUGCAAAAAGGGUCGGUCGCUAGCGGAAAUUGCAGAGAACAGCCACAUAUACUUCCAAAGCGCGCCGAAAACAGUUCCCAAACCACCUCAGACACCUCCGAUGAUCACUUUUAAAAGAAACAAACUGCCUAAAGAGUGGACUAGAGAGACUGGCCUCUCGGUCGCGUCGUAUAAUAAGUAUGCGAAUCUUGGUGUGAAUUCUUCCGAUACAAACACUUCAGCGCGCACCAGUCACACUUUCGGACCUUACAAUCCAAAUGCACGAUUUUGGACCAUUCUUGCCACCUCCAAACGAAACCGAUCAGUUACAAGAUCCAUGAAAAUAUUUGAGGGAGUUCAACAAGCGGAGAAAGGAAACGAAAAUUUGGAGAGAGGCUCUGCCCAAGAAGAAGGCAGUAAAACCGACGUCAUUGGUGGUCUAUUUCUAGACGGCACAUUCGGUAGAACUAGACUUCAAGGCGAGAAAGCAAAUGUCUGA